CAAACACACCAAAUAAGUAAAGGAGAAUGGAAACUUCCCAGAUUUCAUGCACGUGAAGAUAUGAAGCUACAAGCCCCGCCCCCCAAGCUGGCGAUAGUUCCCCUAGAGAAACUCGGCAAAAACUUGAAAUUUCUUCUUCUUCUCUUGUUAAAUAACAAGCAUAGAACCCAGAAAUCCUUCCCCCAUCUGCAAAAUUCCGGAUCUGCUCUGCUCUGCUACUUCCAGCUGCUGCUCUAUUGUAUGGGGAUCCCGCCAGCCCUUCCCCCAAACUACAGUCCUGUUUUUGCUGUGGAAAUUCUGGUUUCUGAUCAUUCUGUCAGUUUAGCACUGAGAUCGAGUCUUCGGUUUUAUGCGAGUGAGGUAAGUAAAUUAUGGUAAUGCCCUUUGAUUUAAAAGCAUGUUUCAAAUUGUUUUUGAGAUGGUAGCAAGGUUUAAAUUGAUUUUAUUAGCAUCUGAGUGUGAUUAAACUGAAAUGAAAAUUGUAAUGAUUUUUAUGCAAAUCAUUGUUUUUCUGGAAUUGAGCAUGUUUGGAAUGAAAAUGGGAAUUUCAUUGUUUUUUUGGAAUUGAGCAUGAUUGGAAUGAAAAUGAGAAUUUCAU